UUGAUCUGGACGCAGGAAAUCAUCAAAAAAGUCCAUCCGUCCGUCCAAUCACCCACCCAGCCAUCCAUCUGCCAUCCAUCUGUUCAUCCAUCCGUCCAUCCGUCCAUCCAGAUGAGUGACCACCCUCCUCCCUACAUUCCUCACCCCCCCGGCGGCCCCUCAGCUCCCGGCUUCCCUUCAGCUUUGAGCUCUCAACCUUCAGCCUUCACCAGCUCACCCUACCAGACCUACACGGGUGGAGGAGACCCCUCCUACUACCCGGGACACCAGGGGGCCUACCUGACUCAGCCUGGGUACCAGGGGUACCAGAGCGGCCCCCCAGGGACCUCCCAGCCCUGGAACGACCCCAAGACGUAUGGAGAGACGCCAAAACACACAGUGUUCGUGGUCGAGCCGAAUCGUGGCGGCGCCGGCGGCGGUGGCGGCGGCGGCACUGAACAGUCGUAUCUGGCGGCGUGCUCAGCUGCUCUGUGCUGCUGCUGUCUCUGGGACAUGCUGACCCGCAGCUUCUGCUGA